AGCGAACAUUUUGAGCGUCCCCACACACGGAUCUGCAGAAUUCCAGGCAGCACAUGCUCCAAUUAGUGCUCAUCAGGCUUCCUCACAACGACGCAGAGUGAUUCUGGGCCAGGAGCGGUCCCUCAGAGAGCCACUUAGCCAAAAGAGGAGGAGGAGGAGAAAGACACCGUGGUGUAUUUAUAGAAAAAAUGAGGCCUUACAACAGCCUUUUUUUGGAGAGCGAAUUAUUAAGGAACUGAGGUGCGUGGGUGCAUGCGUCCCAGUUUUCUGAUUACCAGUGUGCAAGCUGGCUAGCCUUAGGAUGAAUCAGGGAUGAGACACAGGACUAACUCCUUGACACACUCACAGAGAGACUGCACCGGCUUUUUAGUGCUCCCUCACCCUUCGCUCAUGACGAGGCUGAUGGGCUUUUAGGGUGGAGAAAUGGGGCAGCAUUUUCAACCUGUGUCCUUUUCUGCCUGACUUCAGGGUUGUGGGAUUUAAAUGUUUUUGAAAUUUUUUGCUGCUCUUGAGCAGACACUUUGGUUCCCAGCCUGCCAGCAGGUUAUCCAGCAAUCUGAACAAGCAAGAUGAAGAAGUUUUUGCAAAAUAAAAAGGGCAGAUAUUCGUUUCGACAAAGCAAACGUGGCCCUCGGUGUCCAUCUAAAGAUUUCUUCCUCAGCAUGCCAACAUCCAACCAAGGCUGGCCAGAGGACUUCGGCUUCCAGCUCGGCGGUAAUGGACCCAGUUACAUCCUGUCAGUGGAGGAAGGCAGCAGUGCCCACCUGGCAGGGCUGCAGGCCGGGGAUCAGGUGCUGGAGAUCGAGGGCCACAAUGUGUCCACUCUGGCUCCGCAAGCCGUCAUCGCCAUCGCUCAGACUCAGAAGAACAUCCCUCCCAGUAUUGGGGUGGUGUCCCGUAUACAGCAGAUGGAGAUCAUACCAGGUCCAGAUGGUCGGUUUGGCUUCACCAUUGUGGGAGACUGCCCCCUGCUGGUGGAGGACUGCUCCCCGUGUUCGCCAGCUGGUCGAGCCGGUCUGAGGGCCGGGGACUACGUCAUGGAGGUGAACGGCAUCCCCGUCAGGCACCAUGAGAUGGCCGCAACACUCAUCAAGGCCUCCCAGGGGAGGACGCUCCGUUUGGGCGUGCUGACUCUGGGUCAAAAGCACAAGCAGAGCACCAGCCUGGAGGACAACCAGAUGGGAGGAGAGUGGGCCAGGCUGGAUCGCAAACACAAGGCUGUGGAGUUCAACAAGAAGGUCGACCAGAUUUUGGGAGACGAUCCAGAGGUGAAAGAGAAGCUCUUCUCUGUGCUGAAGCAAUACGCAGCAGAGAAGAGAGUGGAGUGGUUAGCUUCGGUGCUGCCAGAGAUCCUCGCCACCGAUGAGCACCGACAGCUCAUCUCCAGCAUCAGAAUCUUCGUCCCCAAGAAGCACCGGCAACGCUUCGACGAGGCCGUCUCCCAAAACGUGAUCAACCGACUCUGUCGCAGCAAGAGCAUCAGCGAGCCGCAGGGCAGGAUCCGGCGCAGUCGGAGCGAGGACCACUCCGACCGCCGACACGGGUCCAAGCGGGCAAGCUCUGUGCCCAGGGAUGGAGGCGAACCAGAGAAGGAGAGGGGCGUAAGAAAAUCUGGGUCUGGGGUACCCACACACCCCCCACUCGGUCCCAAUCAGAGGGUUAUCCGUGUCUACAGAGGGAAAAAGAGCUUCGGCUUCACGCUGCGAGGUCACGCUCCCGUCUGCAUCGACUCCGUCAUCCCAGAUAGUCCUGCUGAGGAAUGUGGACUGAAACCAGGCGACCGCAUCCUGUUCCUCAACGGACUGGACAUGAGAAAUUGUUCCCAUGAGAAGGUGGUGUCGAUGCUGCAGGGCAGCGGAGCAAUGCCCUCUCUGGUGGUGGAGGAGGGUCCGUCGGACUUUUCUUCAGACCAAACCGACCCAGAGGAUUCCCAGAGUCUGGCUCCAACAAUGGUUCCUCGCUCCAGCAGGUCUCCGGCCCUCAGCUCCCUGCGGUGGGUGGCUGAGAUCCUUCCACCGAGCAUUAAGGUUCAUGGGCGGACCUUCAGCCAGCAGCUGGAGCAUCUGCUCACCAUCCAGGAGAGAUACACCGUCUGCAAGGCCUUAGAGACCUUCUUCCAGCACAGGAACGUGGACACCCUGAUCGUCGACAUCUUUCCAGUGUUGGAUACUCCAGCCAAACAGCUGAUCUGGCAGUUCAUCUACCAGCUCCUGACCUACGAUGAACAGGAGCGCUGCCAGAGCAAACUGUCCCGUUUCCUUGGCUUCAAGAGCAGUGUAUUGUUAGAUCCUGAUGGAGCUCCAGAGCACCACAAACGAAGCAGCUCCAUGCGUGUGACCGGGUCAUCCUAUCGCAGCAUCGUCAGAGAUAGGAGCUCCGAUGACUGCAUCAUCGGGACUCACCUGGGAAUGGGAAUUCAUGUGGAUGAAUCUGGGAGCCCGGAGGAGAGGCAGUCAGGAGAUGGGACCUCCUUCCCAGAAUCCCCCGACCUUAGCCAUAUGACAGGUGUGUACACGGAGCUGGAGAACAUGUACACAGGGAAGAGCGUCUCCCCCGCAGAGCCUGAGGUGGUGGGACAGACUGAGGCCUACGGCCGCUCUCUCUCCCCCCUCACGCUGCCCCCUCUCACAGGCAACAGAAAGUCCGGCCUAUCCCUCUCCUGGAAGGAGCCUCUUCCCACCACUGUGUAUGAGAUCCAGCACCAGAGCAGCGUGGAGUCCAACCCCUAUGUCAGCCUGGAGAGCCCCCCUGCCUCCCCUCCGCACCCGGACAGCGGUCCCAACACCCUGACCCGCGGCAAGAAGCUGUUCACCUUCUCUCGCCCGCCUCGGAGCCGAGAUACAGACAAGUUCCUAGACGCCCUGAGCGAGCAGCUGGGCCACCGGGUCACUCUGGUCGACGACUUUGUGCCCGGCGAGAACGACUAUGAAGAGAUUGAUGACGUUGGUCGUCAUGGUUUCAGAAGAAGAACUGCACCUAUGAGUUUCCCAGACGACCAGGACUUCCUUUCCCGCCACCUCAGCAGCGGCAGCAGCGAGGAGCACUGCAGCAGCGAUGAGGCCUCCUCUCCCACCUACUCCUCUGGUUCUGAACCGAUCCCACCGCCUCCCGACCAGAGCCCUCCGCCCCCUCCUCCUUUCCAGGCUCUUAUACCUCCUCCUGUCCAGUUCACCGACCCUCUGCCCCCCGUGCGUUUCUCUCCGGAGCACGUCCCCCGCAGCCGGAUGCCCUUCCAGCCGCAUCACCCCAUCAUCCCUCCACCCCCGCCUCCUCCCAGGACCCUCCUGUCCAGCCGCUCACCUCUGCACAAACCCAGCAGAGAGGAGGUGGAGAAAGCUCGGCAGCGCUUCAGAGCCUCAUCCACUAGGUUCACGCAGGGCAUUGCCCCGCUGAACUUCUCGACUCUGCGGUCCUCCCAGCCGUCUCGCGCCAGCUACCUCCCCCGUCAGCUGAGCCAGCCCCAACCCGUCCGCCAGCCGUCCCCCCAGCCGCUGAGGCCGAGCCAGCUGGUCCUGCACAGGCACCACCAGCUCCACCACCAGCACAGCUACCAGGGUCCCCUCCCAGCAUCCCUGCAGGACCCCAGCCCAGCCCAGAACCAAAGCUCCUCGGUGCUGUCCCAGCCUCCCGCCUCCCACUCCUCCCUCCCCACUCACACCUCCAGCUUCGAGAGCUCACCACAGGAACUCCAGUCACAACAGGCUCCACCUCCUCCUCCUCCACCACUGCCUCCACCUUGCGACCCACCUCCUCUGCCCAAACCGGGCCAGCAGGCGUCUGACACCAACCACAUGAGUGUGAAGAGGCUGCGCUGGGAGCAGGUGGAGAACUCAGAGGGAACCAUCUGGGGUCAGCUGAGAGAAGAUUCCGACUAUGACAAGCUGAGUGACAUGGUGAAGUACUUAGACCUGGACCUGCACUUUGGAGCUCAGCGCCGACCCAAACCAGCCUUCCUGCCAGAGAACCUCAAGAAGAAAGACGUGGUGGAGAUACUGUCCCAUAAGAAGGCCUACAACGCCUCCAUACUCAUUGCACAUCUGAAGCUGUCCCCUGAGGAGCUGCGCCAGGUUCUGAUGAACCUGAACACAGACCGGCUGGAGCCGGCCCACAUCAAGCAGCUGCUGCUCUACGCCCCCGACGAGGAAGAGGUCAAGCAGUACGAGCGCUUCGAGCAGGACCCGGCCAAACUCAGCGAGCCAGACCAGUUCAUCUUCCAGAUGUUGAUGGUUCCGGAGUAUAAGACCCGCUUGCGCAGCCUCCACUUUAAGACCACGCUGCAGGAGAGGACGGAGGAGAUGAAGGUGGCCUUUGACUACAUCUACAAGGCCUCAGUGGAGCUGAAGAGCAGCAAGAAGCUGGCUAAAAUCCUGGAGUUUGUUCUGGCGAUGGGAAAUUACCUGAACAACGGCCAGCCUAAGAGCCACAGGACGACCAGCUUCAAGAUUAACUUCCUCACUGAGCUAAGCACCACGAAGACGGUGGAUGGAAAGUCCACCUUCCUUCACAUUCUGGCCAAGUCUUUGUGCCAACACUUUCCUGAGCUGCUGAACUUCCCUGCAGACCUGCUGACAGUUCCCCUGGCGGCUAAAGUGAACCAGAGAGCGAUCACCACAGAGCUGAAUGACCUUCACACUACAGUCCAGGACAUUCGCACAGCCUGCCAGAAGAUCCCAGCAACAGCUGAGGACCACUUUGCUUCUGUUAUGAGUAGUUUUCUGGAGAACAGUCAUCCUGCCAUCCAGUCUCUGGAGUCCCUGCAGUCCCGAGCCAUGGAGGAGUUCUCCAAGGUGGCCUCCUACUUCGGAGAGGACAGCAAGUCCACCAGCACAGACGCCUUCUUCGGCAUCUUUGCAGAAUUCAUGGCCAAGUUUGAGAGAGCGCUCAGUGAGACCCAGACGACUGAAAACCCACGAAGCCCUCGACUGUCUUCUCCUCUGGCCUGGUAGGAUCUAGAAGGUUCCUCCCUGCUGUCCAUCAACCAAAGUGCCAAGAACCCCACUGAGACGCUCACACCCACAGGAACAGAGACACGGUCCGCUCCAGGACACUGGACCCACCCAGACCGGACCACAUCAGGUGCUGGAACCGGUGUCCACAUGUCCAACAUCUGCUGGACAUUAUUUCCAUCUCUUUUUACAGGAGAAUGUUAUUUAUUCUUAUUAUUGAAAUGUGUGACAUCACAUGCUUUAGUUUAGCAGCUUUAGAAGGUUGGUUCUGACUCGCUCCACCCGGGGCUCGUCUGGAGACGGGUCCAUUGAUGUCCUGAAAGGUCCGGUGGAUCUCAGUAAGGCUCAGAACCGAGAGCUCCAGGAGAUGCUCCAAAUGGGAGGAAAUUCCUGAAGAAGAUGGUUCCUCUGAAAACUCUUUUCAUUCCUCUGGACCUUCUUAUCUUGGUUAAUCGAACAUCCUGCACGGUUCAUUACGAUCUCAGCUGUUUGACUUUGGGCUGAAAAUCUCAACGGUUGAAAUAAAAGAAAAUAUUUUCUGCAGGUCAAUCUGAUGCAGGGGUCUGCAACCUGCAGCUCUUUGUACUCCCCAAAAUGGCCCUAAAUAGUUUAUUAAAAUGAUAUAAAGAACCAAAUAAUGCAGUAGCCUUUUAAAUUUGAUUUAAUUUUCAUAUAAGAAAUAUGGAUUAUUAGAAAUAUGUUUUCUUUUUUCUUUUCAUUAACUUGCUAUUUAUGUUUCUACAUCUGAUAAACCUAUAUGCAAAAAUUCAUGCUUCAUCUUUCUGAAAAUAAAAAUAACCUGUUUGUUGUUUAAAAUGGCAACAGAAAAAACAAAAUUGAUGUUUUUCUGAAUUAUGAUAGAAUGAAGAGAACAUUUAGCCCCAAAUUGUGACACUUAUAGCUAAAACCAGCACACAAUUUGGAUCAUUACCAAAUUUAAAGAAUUGUUCCAUGGCAUGAGGCUGAACUCUGGUAAAAAAA